GCUCUCUGCUGCCAAAGAAGUUUGGGUUGGGUUGGUUUGUUUGUUUGUUUAUUGUGUAACCAGCACGGAGCGGUCGCGCGCUGUCCCCGCCGCGCUGGCGGGCACAGGAACAGUGAACAAACCUUCAGCAGAACCUUCAGCAGAACCACCCCUCCCCUCUGGAGCAAGCUGUGGAAUUAUUUACACCUGGUGGUCUCUGCACAGCCCUGGCUGUCACAAGUCCCUCCACAGCAGCUGUGCACAGGCUGGGUACACACACAGAGAUCUUCCCCUCCCAGUACAGUUCAAGAGACAAAUUGUCCAGUGAUUUGUUUGCGUUUGUACAAGUUACAAAGUUGGUAAAAGUUAAGUUUAAACUCGGGGUUUUGGAAUAGUUUGAAUGUUUCUCCUGGAUUGCACAAGCAGAGCCAGCAGCAUGAGGUGGUGCUGUCAGACCCUGCUGUGAGAUUUUGGGGUGCUUGGGGAUGCCCUGCUGGGAGAACAAGGGGCAGAGGGGGAAACACCAGAACCUGCAGGAGCAGCAGCUCCUCCCUUCCCAAAACCACCCUCCCCUGAGCAGGUAAAGUGGAGCCAUCCCUCUGCAGCCUCCAGGUCCAGGGGGAUCCUCACCAAGCUGCUCUGGCCUCCUGCCCCACACUGCCAGCUCACUGACGUGACACAAAUUAAUUACCCCGCAGCAGGAGGAUGCUCUGCUCCUGCAGCACAGCACGGGGGCUCAGAGCUCCCCAGUGGGAGCUGCUGCUGUUCCAGGGCCCUCCCCAGAGCCCUCCAUCCCUGCCUCUGCUUCUGGCAGCUCCAGGAGGGGAUGGGCUCUGUGGGGACACCCAGCAAGACACAGAGCACCAAAAACCAAGCAGUGCCGUGGCCAAGUGUGGGGCUGAGCUCUCAGCAAGGGGGGAUCCCACUGGAGCAAAACCCACCUGUCCUGGCCUCAGCUGGUCCCCUGCACCCCUGGGCUGGUCCCAGCCAGGAUGGGGGUGCAUGGCACAGCCAGGGCCUGAGCUCCUGCAGAAUCUCAGUGUCAGCAGUGUCACCCCAGCACCUUCACACCCUCCCAGCCCACAGCACACACUGCAGGUGGGUGACAUCUGCCCAGCCAUCCCUCCAGCAGCAGAGCCACAAGGGCUGAAACAGCCUCAGCAAUACCUUGGAACUCUUCUGCCGUGCUCGUGGCACAGGCUCAGGUACUGCUGUGCUGUGGGCUCCUGGCCAGGCUCUUCUCUCCACCCCACAGCUCCUGGCUGGAGCCCGUGGCCCCUCCUGAUGUCCCCACACCCGGCUGCAGGGCUGGCACGGGGUGCCCACGUGGUGAGAGACCCAAAAGCCACCCAGUACCUCCAUCCUGGCGUGCUGCACUACCUACCACUGGUGAGAGCCCCAAGGCAGCAGCUCCAGCGCCCUCCUCUCGCCCCUCGGGCUCUGGCAGGGUCUGUGGUGCCACUCUGCCAGCUCUGCAGCCACUCACAGCGCCUUCCUGCACUCUGCAGACACCACGCAGCACACAGUAUUGCUACUGUGCCAAGUGGGAACUUUAUUCUUUGUUGUGGUUGGGGUUUUUUCCUGUUAUUUUUUCCGAAUCAGCUAAGGAGGCGGCUUUGAAGAUGGGUCAGAUUUGGAUAAUUCUUUUUUUCCCAGCAGAAUCUGCAACAUUUUAAUAGCGUUUUGCCCAGACAUCAGCUCUGUGAGUUUGUACAGCUCAGAGCCACAGAGACACCAGCAGCAAUAACCUGGGAACGCAAAGACUUUCCACAUCGCUUGUGCAUUGUCUCGGAUUUUUUUCUUAAAAAAAAAAAAAAAAGCACAACAGAAAAGACACAAACA